AUGCGUGCCCGAUUCGAGCCCAACGACACCCAUAUGAAGAAAAGAUGGGAGACCUUUCAGGCCAACUGGGGGCCACACUACGACGAGGGCGUCCACUUCGGUGUGGUGCUGAGCCUCUUCUACCCGUGCUUCACAGGCAUCUUAAGCGGCGCGAACCGGGCUGAUGUGCUCAAGGACCCUCCGAAAAACAUUCGUGUGGGUACCUUUGCUGCCAUUGUGUUCAGCCUCUUCCUCUAUUCCUCCUUUUUCAUGCUUUGGGGCAGUGUGGCCACGGACGACUACCUCAAGGGCAACUUCCUGGAACACGGCCGGAGGCUCAGCGGGGUCUCUCCAGAGGCUGGGCGCCACAUCGUGCAGACCGCGCGGGCGCCCGGGGAAGCGGCGCCGCGGAGCCGCGGCAUCAUUAUAGCCUCGCUGAGUCAGUCGCUGCAGUGCCUCAUCGUGGCGCCUCGGCUUCUGCAGAACAUGGCCAAGGACCGGCUCAUGCCGGCGCUGCGGCCGCUGGAGGUACUGUCCUCCAGCGGUGAGCCCACGCGAGCCCUGCUCUUCACCUACGUGUGCGCCGCGAUGCUCGUGCUCAUCGGGCAGCUGGAAUUGGUGGCACCGCUGCUGACCAUGUGGGACGCUUAUCCCGCCAGGGAUAGCAGCAACCAGCACGACUGGUUGCGCGAUUGGUUUGUUGGUUGA